AUGGCAGGAAAUGUGGCAUUUAACCAAAGCACGACGCAGUCUUCGGAUUAUAGCGAGAGAGGGUUCAGCUUCACCUCCGGACUCGCCGUUGAUGGUAGGACUGGACCUGAUUUUUAUGCGACACCAAAUACAUGUACUCACACCAGAGAAAAUCCACAUCCCGCGUUUUGGACGGUGACACUGGAUGCACAAUACAGCAUCUAUCGGUUCAGGAUAUAUAACAGGGAAGCUUCUCCGUGUUCCCCUCCGUGUGGUGAACGACUUAACGGCUUCUCUCUGUCCGUUGGAAAUUCCUCCCAGAGUUACAAAAUCUGUUACCAGGACACCACCACGACCCCAAUAGGUCCCGGGGAUAUCAUCAACGGAGUUUGUAACGUCAGUGGUCCUGUGUUUGGGAACACUGUAAAUAUCUCGAUAAACACUUUCAAACCACUUACUCUGUGUGAAGUACAGAUUUUCGUAUGUGCCCCCGGGACGUAUGGACCAAACUGUGGGAGGAGAUGUGGGAACUGUGCUCAGGGACCAUCUGUGUGUAACACAACAUCCGGGCACUGUCCACAGAGAACACCCAGGUGCAUGGAGGGAUACUCUGGUCUGAAAUGUGAUACAGAAUGCAGAAACAACACGUGGGGGAAUGAUUGUGUACAGACAUGUGGAAAAUGUUACAACAAAGCCGAGUGCAAUCCUGUCACUGGUGAAUGUCCUGUAGCGGCGGGGAAUCCCCGGUGUAACUCUGGAUAUUCAGGAAGUGAUUGUAAGACAUUUUCAGACCUACCUGAUACAUCUAAAGAUUACACGGGAGUGAUUGCCGGAAGUGCUGUCGGAAUAUCUCUUGUUGUCAUGCUCACCGGACUCAUUAUCAUUGUUAUGGUCCGGAGGAAACCGCCACGUGUACAGACAGGUGGUGCUAAAGGCUCUGGACCAAGCAGUACUCCAGCAGAGGAGAGCUCCGUUCCCGCAGAAGUUAUGAAUAGAAGUGAAAUGUCUGAGCCGUCAAGCUUGUAUAAUACACGUGAUGGAAAUUCUUGUGAAGAUCACCCCUAUGAAGCCAUUCGUGAAUACGUCAAUCUAUGAUAAAACACACAGAUCUCGAAAACAAUUUCCAGGCUAUUAUAUUGUAUUUCUGAAUAAACCGAGAAUCUACUGGCGGUCUAAACCUCCCCGACAUCUGCUUACUAUGUGGUGUUUUAAUGUGAUUGUAUAUUAAAUGUGAUGAAAACUCAGAAUAAAACACUAACAGGUAAAUUAACAAGCAGCCAUUUUUUCUUGGGUUAAGUUUGACAUUUGCCAAAUAUCACUCUGGCAUCGAUGCUCUGGUUUAACUCUAUGUUAUUGUUAUAGUAUUUCAUAUCACUUGGGAUAUUUGUGGGGCAUCGGCCUAAUCCAAAGGCCUCAAUUCUUUGAUAGCUCAGAUUGAGACAAAACUACUUAUAUCGUGUUGUUGAACCCGGAACUUCCAUGGCAGAUGUCGCAUGCAGUGCUGUCAUUGUGCUUGU